UUGAUGUUGGCAUUUCGAUAAUUGUCUCUUAGUUGGGAUGAACCCCUUUGUACUGCUAUUGUUGUACACACUGGGGACAUCAGUGGUGCUGGCAGACCCCAACAAAGACGAAUCAAGCCCCUCAGAGAAUCCGGGGCUCUCGGUAGAUCCAAAGCCCUCAGAGGAACCCACUGGCCAAAAAAGUGAGCCAUGCUCAAAGGGAUGUACCUGUCUCCAAGAUGACUACAGUUUAGAGCUCAACGUCUACUGCAGCACACGCAACCUCACCCAGGUUCCCUCCGACAUCCCUCUGUCUACACGCUCGCUAUGGCUGGAUGGAAACCUGUUUGCUAACUUACCAGCGGCUGCUUUUGAAAAGCUGUCCAAUCUGGAGUUCCUAAACUUACAGAGCAGCCGGCUGGUAUCCCUCGAUGCUCAUGUCUUUAAAGGUCUGAAUUCUCUUGCUCACCUGCACCUUGAGAGGAACAAUAUUCGUUCAUUAGCUGGCAUAGUCUUCCAGGGCAUACCCAACCUUGCGUCCCUCAGUCUCAACAAUAAUCAGCUGUCUCGAAUAGAUGACAGGUUGUUCGCUGGACUCAGCCACAUGUGGCUGUUGAACCUAGGAUGGAAUUCACUGUCUGUCCUGCCUGAGACGGGGUUUCAGGACCUACAUGGAUUACGAGAGUUAGUUCUUACUGGGAAUCGUCUGGCGUAUCUCCAACCGCAGCUAUUUCAGGGUCUUACUGAGCUCAAAGAAUUGGACCUAACUGGAAACAAUCUAAAAGUUAUCAAGGCAAAUGUGUUUCUGAAACUACCAAAGCUGCAGAAGCUGUAUCUGGCCCAAAACCAGAUCGUGACCGUGGCACCUAGGGCAUUUGCGGGCAUGAAAUCUUUGAGAUGGUUGGAUCUCAGCAGAAAUCGUCUAUCUGUACUUCACGAUGAAACUUUCCUCGGUCUACACAGCAUACAUGUGCUUCGCCUGUCAAAUAACUCGAUUAGUAGUCUAAGACCUGGGACUUUCCGUGAUUUGCAGUAUCUUGAGGAACUCUGCCUUUGUCACAACCAGAUACGAGCCUUGGGAGUGAGAGUUUUUGAAGGGCUGGGCCAUCUAGAGGUGCUGAACUUGGAGAACAACCGGCUACAAGAGGCACGCAUGGGCACAUUUAUGGGCCUGAAUCACCUUGCUGUGAUAAAACUUACAGGCAGUUGUUUUCACAGCCUACCAGAUCAAGUUUUCAAGGGUCUGUCAAAGCUCCACAGUAUUCACCUUGAUAGAAGCUGUUUGGCAAAAGUCUCAGCCCAAAGUUUUGUUGGUCUAACAGGUCUUCGCCGCCUUUUCCUACAACACAACAACAUAUCUACAGUGGAGCGUCAGAGUUUUGUGGAACUACAAGGGCUGCAACAGCUUGAUCUAAGAUUCAACCAGUUAACAUCCAUCACCUCCCACACAUUUUAUGGCCUGAAGAAUCUUGAUUACCUGCUACUGUCAGGCAACUUACUUCGCAAUCUUCCUGCUGAGGCCUUAGUGCCACUGCAACACCUGUCUUGGCUGGAUCUCUCUGGAAACAGGUUGGAGCUCAUACGUAAUGCGACUAUAUACAUGCUGCCACGCUUGCGCUACUUGAACCUGAAAGACAAUGUACUGGUCAGCCUCCCAGCUUCUAUACCUGAUCGCUUGGAUCAGCUCUGGCUCUCAGGUAACAACUGGAAAUGUGACUGCAGUGCCAAACCCUUUCGAGAUUUCGUUCUACAGAAGCCACAUGUAGUUCCACUGCAGGUUGAAAUGCUUGGGGAAGGUGAGGAGCCCCAUACACUUGUCACAAUAUACAAUAACAUCACAUGUGCCAGCCCACCCAGCGCUUCUGGACUUGACCUGCGGAACAUCGGCAGUGAACAUUUCCGGAACUGUUAAAUUAAAAAAAUUAUUAUUAAUUCUACUAAACCACAGAUUAAGUUUUCUAUUCAGCCAUUAUAAUUCAGAGCUUCCAAUCAUGACUUUUAUUUAUCUCAAGAAAUAUCUUCUUUUGUGAAAAGAUCUUACAAAGAUCCUUAAUAUAAGUCAUGCAAAAAUAACAAUAUUAUUGGAUAUAUAUCAAU